AUGGUCGGAGUCGUCCAGGUCCAAAGCAUCCCCAAGGGUACGCGCGAAUUCGAAGAGAAACGCGCUGCCAUCUCUCGCGCUUUCAGUGAAAAAGUCCCAAAGGAAUACUCCCUCCCCGAAGACCUCAUCACCAACCCUCCCACCGAUGUGUCCAAGAUCCCCAGCACCUGCGGGAUCCUGACUCCUGGGGAGCUUGAGAUAACCGAGAACUACGACGCCGUUGGCCUCGCCGAAGCGAUUGCAAACCAGACAUACACCGCCGUCGCAGUAGCUACUGCCUUUGCAAAGCGUGCCAUUAUUGCGCACCAACUGACUUGCUGCUUGACGCAAUGGUACAUGAAAGAGGCGAUUGAGCAGGCGAAGCAGCUCGACGAGUACCUGGCGAAGAACGGCAAGACGAUCGGACCUCUCCAUGGCGUCCCGGGUACAUACUCUUCCCAGGGGUGCUUCAGCAGCACCGUUAAGGAUGAGAAAGAUAGCCAAAUGGUGGCUAUCCUACGCAGUCUUGGAGCAGUGUUCUACUGCAAGACGAAUCAGCCACAGUCCAUCAUGCAUCUGGAGACGACUGGACACUAUGGCCGAACGCUGAACCCAUUUAACAUCACUCUUUCCGCUGGCGGCUCAACGGGCGGUGAGGCAGCCUUGAUCGCCAUGAAAGGCUCCGUCCUAGGCGUAGGCACGGACAUUGGCGGGAGUAUUCGAGGGCCUUCAGCGUUCUGCGGCAUUUAUGGCUUCAAGCCUACCACGUACACCCUUCCCAUGAAAGACUUCCUUCCGACACCCUUUUCGGCAGAACUAAACGUCCUUUGUUCGACCGGGCCCAUGUGCCGUAGCCUGAGGGACAUGAACCUCUUCAUGAGCGGUAUCGUGGGUGCAAAGCCGCACCUAUUGGAUCCGCGGCUCAUCCCGAUCCCCUGGACAGGACUUCAAACACCCGUAAGCAAGCCGCUCAAGGUUGGCAUCAUCAACAACGACGGGUUCAUUGAACCCCAACCGCCAGUGAAACGAGCCAUCGCGUGGGCCAAGGAGCGCCUCUCGGACCCCAAAUAUGUGGAAUUCCUCCAAAUUAAGGACUUCAAGCCUUACGCAGCUGCCGAAGCUUGGUCCAAGAUUCGGCGUAUGUACUGGCCGGACGGAGGCAAAAUGACAAAAGACGCCAUCACUUCUUCCGGUGAACCAGUUCUCCCGCUUACGGAAUGGAUCAUGAAAGACGCUGAGCCCCUGGGCAUGCUGACGGCCGAAGACGUCAAUCAAGCGCGCCGGGGGCGCGAUAACUUCCGAUGCGCCUUUGCGGAAAGCUGGCAGGAGCAGGAUGUCGACGUCGUGAUCGGUCCGGCGUUCGUAGGGCCUGCUUGCGCACAUGAGACGGCAUUUUACUGGACGUAUACGUCCCUGUAUAACUUUGUCGACUACCCGGGUGCGGUUUUCCCCACCCCGAUCAAAGCCGAAGCGAAGGAGGAGUAUGCGGCGGGUUAUGUUCCCUUAAGCGAUGCGUGUAAGCACGUCAAAGAGUUGUGGGAGGUUUCGAAUUUUGAAGGAGCGCCGAUCGAUCUUCAAAUCAACGCCAGGAAGUAUCAUGAUAACGAGUUAUUUGGUGCAUUGGAACUUUUGAAGGGUGUCUUGAAUUUGGGAUGA